GGCCCGCUAACAAAUGGCUCGGAGACGGAGCGGGGGGAAAAGAGCCAAUGACUGAGAGGAGAGCAUUCUCAGCCAUGAGGCUCUGCAAGGAGUGGCGGCCGGCGGUGCAUGAGAGUGCUGACGAGGAGUGAACGCAGAGGCUGGCAGGCAGCGGAGGAGAGGAAAUAGGUGGGGCAGCAAAAGGAAGCGAGAGCAUCUGUUGACUUGCGUCCUCUCAAGACCAGACGAGCAGGAAUCAUGUCCAACAUCACAACAACAGACACCAACAGUCUGGCCUGGCACUCCGAGGCCGUUCCUCUCUCCCAUGUUUCCCUGCAGCCGCAGGAGGUCUACCCUUUCCACGAUGGCUGGAACGUGGCCUGCUUCAUCAUCCUGCUGCUGUUCAUCCUCACCGUGCUGUCUCUGGCGGCCUUGGCUGUACUCUACGAGCUCCUGGACUGUGGCUGCUGCGCCAAAGAAAAAACGCAGCAGCAACAAGAACAACAACAACUCCAGGAGGAGGGGUCAGGCAACUGCAGCAAGCUGAUGACCAGCAUUUGCAAUGAACCGGAAUUGCACACGGAGGUGGUAUAAAAGCGACACAGAGAGGGAAAAGCAGGAAUUGCGGGACCAGAGCAGGAAGGCAACGCUAACCACUUCGGGAGUAGACCUUCAAAAACUGCCAAACAGUUGAGGUUGUUCAGGAACCAGUCAAGAUGAAUUAACUGGACAAUAAAAACAUAGAGGAAGAUGAAUUCCUUUCACACACAUUCACAUGCCACAAAAGCCUGAUCCUGAAAUCCCAAUUAUGGAGAGUAACCUAGGAGGACAGUACCAAAUUAGCAUAGAUCAUUUUACUCUUGCGACUAUGUGAGUCCCAGCAUGCACAUGUCUGGAAACAACAAGUCCCUGCAACUUAUCAUCACAGAGUACACAUACAGUAAUCCUCCGCUAUACGACGGUUGUUGCUUCGCGGUCCCGCCGUAUUGCAGAUUUUUAUUUGUACAGUAUUUUUAUGUUAUUCAUUGCUCUUGCGCUCUCAAUAUAUUAUGUUUCAGCCUGCCAUCAUAGCAAACAUUUUACGACGAUAUAUUUUCCCAAAAACUAUCAAGAUAAACGAUCGUAUCAUUGUUUUUUUUUUUUUUUAAUGUCACUUAUAGACCAUAACAAUUCAAAUACAUCCUGUUUAAGAACAGUUAACUUUUAAUUUUAAAGAACAUUGGCAUUGUAAUGCAGAACAAUAUCUUAGAUAAAUACAAAAUAAAUAAACCAGACUGAGGCUCUGUUCGCAAAAACUGCACUUAAACAAAUGUUAAACAUUUGGCACAUAGGUAUAGAGUCAUUAGAAGAGGCCCAAAAAAUGUCUUAAGGCCUGCCAAAUUUGAAUGAAUUAAAAAAACACCAUGUACGUGAACGCAUUUGGGCUUUGUCACCUUUUUUAAAUCAGAUGCCAUACAUUUUAAAUCAGUUAUUUUUGUCGUCUUUAUUUUUUAUUUAUUGUAUGAAUAUUGUGUUAUGUACUGUAUAAUUUCUGCUGUCUCUUGGCUUUUGAACAAAAUUUUCUCUCUCAAUAAGCAUUUUCCUGGUUAAAUAAAGGCGAAACAAAAAUGUAAAAUAAGCCCCGUCCUCAAGCUGCUGGACUGCGAUGUGAGACCUUCACCUGUCAGUCAAAUGAUGCUGAAAAAGAGUUUGCUGAAGUCAACUACUGUGUUGAUAACGUGUCGUUGUGGUUAUGAUUUAUAAACAGUUAACUGUCCCCGUGUGUGUGUGUGUUAUGUGGGGAACACAUGCACACACACACACAUAUUGACACAAUUCGCAUCUUUUGGGCUCUAAACACAUACCACCACAAUAGAUUUGAAAUGAAAUGACCAAGAUGUGUAUUGAUGUCCGAAUCAGGUAAACGGUGGAGGAAUUACAAGUUACCAAAAGUAAUGGGACAAAUUAACAAUCAAAUCAAACAUUCACAAUUUAAUACAUGGUUGCAAAUCCUUUGCAGUCAAUUACAGCCUGAGGUCUGGAACGCACAGAUAUCACGAGACACUGGAUUUCUUUCCUGAAUCCGGAUCAGCAUGCAAGACAAGACUGAAGGAAAAAUACGCCACGAACAAGCAGGAACUGAAGACAGUUGCAGUAGAGGCCUGGCAGAGCAUCACGGCGGACGAAAUCCAGUGUUUGGUGAUGCGUUCCAGACUGAGUCCUACACCGUUCACCUGAUUUGGAUGUAGAUACCCCCAAAUUAAAGCUGAAAGCCUUCAGUUAAAGCACAUCUUGUUCGUUUCAUUUCAAAUCCCUUGUGGUGCCGUUUAAACCCAAAAAGAUGACAAUUGUCGAUGGCGCAAUAUUAAGGGACCUGACUGUAAUAUAAUCAAAUACUCUCAUUUGUUUAAUUUUGUAUGACAAAUGGACUGCGUAAAUUGUCAGAUUUUUAUGGACAACUGUGGAUAAUAAUAUCUAGGCUUUAAACGAUCAGGAUUUUUGGGGCCGAUCAGCGAGUUGAAAAAAAACGAUAACCGAUCACAAGAUGGAGGAAUGUGUUUAUUUAAAUGGCCUGUUCAUUUACUGUAUAAACUUGAGUACUUAAUUGCUCCAAAAUUUAUAUUUACAAUAAAUAAUAAAAAUGACAGACAGAACAAAUGAUAAAUGGUCUUCUAUUAGAUGGCAGGAAGUAAAUACAGUAAUUAAUGCAUCCACUUUUUGUGACAUUUUUGUUUGUUGGUGUGCC